AUGCGUAACGAUUUGAAGAAACUUAAGAGAGGCAAUCGAACUGGAUUGAUAAAACAUGGUAAUCCACGGACUAUUUCUAUUUUUCUCGCUUUCUUUUAUCUAGUGACAGUCAAUUCGUUUAUGUAUUGUCAGAUUCGAACAGAUAUCCCCUCAGUCUCAUAUUACAACUUUUCGUCCUAAAAAGAAUUAUCAGUGAGCUGAAAAUCGACCGUAUAUCCGCUAUCGCUGUCUACGUGGUCAGUUACUUCCCGUAUCAAUGAUCUCUGUGUUAAAAUUAUAUUUGGAAUGUGUUUAACCAGUUCUAUCACAUGUAAUAUUGGCUGACACCAACAUUGUCCUUUAAGACCACUGGUUUAUGUCAGUGUUGUUGUUGUUGUUGGGGUUUAACGUAUGCUUCUAACGAGGGUCAUAUCGCAGACAAUUUGUCUUAUUUUAGUAUAUUCAACGCAUGCGUGGGAGUCUUUCCUGUGGGAGUACCCGGAGUAAGUUUAGAACCCCCCCCCCACCCCCAACAAGAAGUGGCCUGCUAGCUAGAGCUCGAAACACUCCAGAUCAAUAGGUCAUCCUAAUCCACUGUUGGUCCUAUCGAUACCUGCCCUUUGAUAGAGGUGUUAAUAAGUCAUCAUGGUAAGAAUGUCGACGUGGUCUGACACUGGUGUACACAUCCCAAGCUUAAACACAAUAAAUACCCUCAGAAUCUGUGAUCGAGAAAGAUCCUUCUCUUUUGCCCAACCGUUGAGAAAAUAAAACUAUUAUUUUUGUAGUUUUAUUGAUUGUCGUAUCCAACAAGUGGAACGUACGUGGACAUGCGACAACUUGUGUACACCUGUCUAUAGUGUUAAUAUUGACAAGCGCCAGUGUUUGAAAUGAAAUGAAAUUGGAUUUAAAAUCCUUCUGUUCUGCACCAUCUUUGCUAAUGAAGACGGAAAUACGCCGUGUAGUGUUUUCUUGAGGGGACAAGUUUCCGGAGUUCUUUUACUAGAUACUGUUCAUUGCACCACUGUUCAUUGUCCCCCAUCAUGCACCACUGACAAAAACACCGGAAUCGAACGCGGGGAUUCUAUCGUCCUAGUCACUGACACAUCUUGACUCCCACCAGUGGCCAACACGUGCGCUUUAGCUGUUAACACAAUACCUUGUAUUUAGUUUGCAGUGGCAUUUGGUAAUACUCUUCAAGCUGAAAUGAACGACACAACAGUAAUCAUGCCACCAUCCACUACUACGCAACCAGAAACAACUACACAAUCACCAAUUACAACGACACAAAUGGCAACAACGACAAUAAUGACAACUGUAGAACCAACAACACCGACACAAAUGACAACAACUACACAACCACGAACAAUGACAACAACUACGCAACCACCAACAAUGCCAACAACACAACCACCAAGACAGACAAUGAAUAGUGAAGUACCAAUGCCGACCACAACUCAAACAUUAGCGACACCAACUUCAACAGAUAAACCAGAUCAGGUGUCAAUUAAUAGCACGGGCAUGACCACAGACAUGACCACCGAACCAGAAACGUUUGUGUCUUCAUCUCCAGAAACGACAGACCUUACAACGGACGAUACGACACCCCCGUCACCAAAUACAACCGCAGCACCACCAAAUACAAUCGCAGCAACAUCAUCUACAACGACAAAACCAACUACAACAACAAUACAAACACCAACACCUUCACCUACAGCAGCAAAAACAACAGCGGGAGGAUCGCCACGACAACAAGGUACAUCGCCGCCAUAUUACUGGAUAGGUGUGUUCCUACUCCUGGUUAUAGUCGUGGUAGCUGUGGUGUUCUUUCUACGAUACAAAAGAUCAUCAACACGUAAACAAAGAUUGCAAAACCUUAAAAGAACUACAAAGCGGCCGAUUGUUUUAUCUAAGAUGGAAGCCGAAGUGGAAGCGUUUCAUCGUGAUGAUAAUUUACUCAUUAUCGAUCAGUUUGAGGAUUUAGCACAAUUGAGCCCAAAACUUUACUGCUCAGAAGCCAAUAAGGAAGGAAAUGCAGAAAAAAAUCGUUUUAACAACGUUCUUCCUUUUGAUCACAGUCGUGUUUGUUUACCGAUAGAAGAUGAUGACGUCAACUCUGAUUAUAUCAAUGCUAACUACAUAACUGGUUAUACUAAAAGUAAAGAAUAUAUUGCUACACAGGGACCAUUACCAGAUACAAUCAAUGAUUUCUGGAGAAUGAUCUGGCACGAGAAGGUUUCAAUAAUCGUCAUGUUAACAUCACUUAAAGAAGGUCACACGGUAAAGUGUGAACAAUAUUGGCCAGGUGAAGUAGGUGAAGUUAUGGAAUAUGGGCAAUAUACCGUAGAAAAAAUUUCAGAGGUGACAAAGAAAACCCACACAUGCAGUACUUUAAUGAUAUGCUGUAAUGAAGAUUCACAGAACAACAAAAAGAAAGAAUGCCGAACUGUGAAACAUUUUCACUAUUUGCAAUGGAAAGAUAAGUCAGCUUCGGUGGAGAGAAAUGAUAUUUUACAAUUUAUACGAACAGUACGACAAAAUAUGGAAUCUAACGACACAAGUCCAGUAGUUGUUCACUGCAGUGCUGGUGUAGGUAGAACGGGUACAUAUAUAGCACUGGAUUAUAUACAACAAUAUAUAAAUCAACAUGAUUUGAAUAAAGCUAUAGAUAUAUAUGACUAUGUAUUAAAACUCAGGAAUAAUAGAGUUUUAAUGGUUCAAACAGAAUGUCAGUAUUCGUUUCUAUACGACUGUGCUGUACAACUGAUAGAAGAUAAACAGAAUAAAACACAAGAUAUAGAAUCAGGUCAACAGGAUAAUCCUGAUGACCCAUUCUAUAUGAAUACGCGUGAUAAUUAUGGUGUCAUGACAACGUUUAUGUAACCAUUUUAUUAUUACCAGUUUAACGAUAAAAUCAGGAACAUCAUAUGAUAUGCCCACUUAAUGAGUGAUAACUAGAUGACUCAAAUAAAAUGUACAUUCAAGGGGAGGAAACUCAUUGAUAUGAGUUAUGAAUAAUUUGCUUGAUCACGCUGUGUUCACAUCGUGACCUGUUUACAGUAAUUACGUUAUUUCCAACUCGAACCAUGCUAUAUAGGUUAUAAUGGUACAAGUAAAACACCAGUACAACUGGUAAAUUAAGAAGAACAAAAUAGUUUAGACAUAAUUUAAUCUUAAUUAUUCUACACAUUACAAAUAGAAAUAUUAAUCUUAGUAAUAACAAUAGUCUUUCACCGGAGGUGAAAGCCUAACGAGAAUAUCAAAUAAUAAUUUACAACAAAUAAAUAAAACACAAAUAAAAUUAUACAUCAAAUACUGCAAUAAUAAAAUACAAUCUAAUGUAAUAAUAACUUAUUUUGCAGAAUUUAAUUCUGUAUGUACAUAUUUUAUCAUUGUGUCAUUUUUCCAGGUGUGCCUUUUUUACCUGUGACAUUAUCACCUGUUUUAUUUUACCUGUGCACUAUUUCUACUUUGCAUACUCUAAUAUUAGUUUGAGAGCGGAGUUUGGUGGAAGUAGUCUUGACAAGCAGCUAUUUCCAAGUUGGAAACUUAUAUGUACCCCGUAAAUACAACAUGAUUCGAUCGGAGAAGGACAAGAUCCACAAGAUGGUAUUUUUAUUUGGACAUAAAAAUCGUAAGUGAGCUUCUUUACGUCAAUAAGCUUACCGUCUUCCAUUUCUGAAUUUACAAUUUAAAACACAACAAGGACGUUCAGAGAUCUUAUUCACAAACACUGAAAUCAGUUAAAAUCGAGUGUAGCUUAAAAUUUGAGCUUUACUUAAAGAUGCAUUAUGUAAGAUCUAAAUCUUCCUAUUGCAGGUCUUUAUUUUGAUUUUAAAUUUUAUAUAAAUUAUUACUUAAACAUUUAUUAACAUGACAAGACAAUAAUCAACUCUCAAUGUUAAGUAGAUUAGAAUAAUUUAAUUUAAGAAUGGAUAAGCGAGGCUAAGUCUCGAAUAACAAGUACCGUUGUUAAGAUAAUAAACAAUCAAUGUCAAAUCUUGCCAAAACUCCAAAUAGUGAUAACGUCGCCAAGAAUAAAGUAAUUUAAAUGAAAUUUUCAGUCUAUUAAUUUUGUUUUAUCUUUUUUUUUAAAGAAUUAUAGCCAUCUUUGUAUCUAAAUUUUACAUAAUACAUCUUUAAGAUAAGCCAUCUUCACUACACUCAUUUUCCCAAAAUUUUAAGUUACAGUCGAUUUUGAGUUAAACGUACAUUAGAUGUCAUAUAAAUUAUUAAUUAGAACUUUAUUUACACGAAGAGCUCCAAAUCAACUCUGUAGACCCUCGGAUGUCUUGGAUUUAAACAGUCGUCCAUUUAAAAUUAAAUCAAUAAAUGGCUGACCAAGAUAACGUUUACCGUCACUACCGGAGACUGGUGCUGAAAGGCCUGCCGGGGUACCAUUGCCAUUGAGAAUGAUAAUCGAGAAUAUGUGGGUGGGGUUGAUGUCUAUUUCUAGUCCGAACUUCCAACAGUGACAACUCCGUUCAGAAUAAUGUAAUUUGACUGAUAUUUACAAUAUUUUGCCUUUUUUAUCAUCUAUUUUUGAAUUAUUAUAGCAAGAAUGGCCAACGCUUUAUUAAACUCUUAACUAAUGUAUCUUUAAAUCAGCUACUACCCUGUAUUAACUUAAAAUCCCAAUAACAUGUCUGAAUAUAGAAUCUUAUUAAACUGCCUCGAAAAUCCAGAAAACUUUAUUCUAAUAAAUACCUCAGAUUUUUCAGACAAUUGAAAGCCAUUUACCAUCAAUUAAUAACCAACUCUAGUCAAUUUGUUGAUAUUUAUAUAAUAUAUAAAGACAUAUAAUUAUUUAAAUUGUUUAUAUUAUAUAAAUUAUUAUUUAAAUUGUUUAUAUACAGACAUAUUUAAACUGUUUAUAUUAUAUAUAAAGGCAUAAUAUACAUGUAGUUAUUUAAAUGUUUAUAUAUAAAGAAAUAUAAUUAUUCUAACUGUUUAUACUAAAUAUAAAGAAAUAUAGUUAUUUAAAUUGUUUAUAUUUUAUUGUAUGAUAUAUGAUAUGAUAUAUAAUUAUAUUGUGAAUAAUAAAACAUUGCUU